AGAAUCACAGAUUUCCCAUCCAAAAUUCAACUAUUCACCCAAAAACAAAUAGUUAUGGCUGAAAUUUUGAUGAAUUGGUAACUGAAUCAAAUUUCCAAAAUACCCAACUAAAAGAUAGGUUCUUUAGGUAUUGAAUGGCUAUCUGAUAAAGUUGUUGCCCCAUAAUAGUUAGUCACGAAGAAUUCCUAUUCAAUUUUGUCCCUGCUUUUUUUCUUUUUAAUUUGAGGUUAAAGAUUAGGUCCCUACCCUCUCGUGCAGAGUUUUGGCGUAUCAUGCCUCUCUAUACACGUACAUAUUGGAUUUCUAUAGUCUAUAUAAACUCAGACGCACACAUGACCAGCAUAAACUACAGAAAAAAGCCCUCUCUCUCUCUCUCUCACAAGUUGGUGGAGCUUGUAGGAAGAAUCAAUGGCUGUCCUAAUUGUAAUUCUUGGGGUAUUUUUUGGGCUCUGUAUUCUCAGUACCGCUUUACUCAGAUGGAAUGACGUCAGGUACAGAAAGAAAGGAUUGCCCCCUGGAACUAUGGGGUGGCCAGUUUUUGGAGAGACAACUGAGUUUCUAAAACAAGGUCCUAGCUUCAUGAAGAACCAAAGAUCAAGGUAUGGGAGUUUUUUCAAAUCACACUUAUUGGGUUGUCCUACCAUCGUUUCAAUGGAUCCAGAGGUAAAUAGAUAUAUUCUAGUGAAUGAAGCAAAAGGCCUUGUCCCUGGCUAUCCUCAGUCGAUGCUAGACAUCUUAGGGAAAUGUAACAUUGCAGCUGUCCAUGGUUCUGCUCACAAGCACAUGAGAGGGGCAUUGCUUGCACUCAUCAGCCCCACCAUGAUCAAACAACAACUUCUGCCAAAAAUCGAUGAUUUUAUGAGAUCCCAUUUGAGCAAUUGGGAUAACAAAAACAUAGACAUUCAAGAGAAAUCGAAAGAGAUGGCUUUUCUGUCAUCGCUGAGGCAAAUAGCAAGCAAUGAAGCCAGCUCAAUAUCUCAAGCAUUCAUGCCUGAAUUCUUCAAGCUAGUACUAGGAACUCUUUCACUGCCUAUAAAUCUUCCCAAUACAAACUAUCAUCGUGGAUUCCAGGCAAGGAAAAAUAUUACAAGCUUGUUGAGAAAGCUUGUGGAAGAAAGAAGAGCUUCAGGAGAAACUCAAAAUGACAUGCUUGGUUUCCUCAUUAAUGGAGGAGAGAAGAAAUUUAAUCUAAGUGAUGAGGAGAUGAUUGAUUUGAUCAUCACAAUUUUGUAUUCUGGAUAUGAGACUGUAUCAACUACUUCAAUGAUGGCAGUUAAAUAUCUUCAUGAUCAUCCAAAAGUACUCGAAGAAUUAAGAAAAGAGCAUGUGGCAAUUAGAGAAAAGAAAAGGCCAGAGGAUCCUAUAGAUUAUAAUGACUACAAAUCAAUGUGCUUUACACGUGCGGUUAUCUAUGAAACCUCAAGAAUGGCCACAAUAGUGAAUGGAGUUUUGAGGAAAACGACUAAUGAUAUGGAAAUAAAUGGAUUUGUUAUUCCCGAAGGAUGGAGGAUAUAUGUUUACACGAGAGAGAUUAACUAUGAUCCACACCUUUAUCCUGAUCCAUUAACCUUCAAUCCAUGGAGAUGGCUGGACAAAGGCCCAGAGUACCAAAACUAUUUCUUCAUAUUUGGAGGAGGCACUAGGCAGUGUCCUGGAAAGGAGCUUGGAUUGGCAGAAAUUUCUACAUUCCUUCAUUACUUUGUGACAAGAUACAAUUGGAAAGAAAUGGGGGGAGAUGAGCUGAUGAAAUUUCCAAGGGUCGAAGCACCAAAUGGACUUCAAAUUAGGGUUUCAAGUAACUAAUAAUCAUUGAAUCAAUGUACAGAAAAAUAACAUAGCAGAUUCAGAUAGAUAUCAAUCCUGUCCAGCUAAUCCAUUAUAAAACUGAAAACCAUUUUUGCUGUCUAUGAAAUCAGAACACAAUAAUUACGCUACAGAGAAACAUUAAUCAAUCUGACUGCGAAAUGCAAUACAACUGAAACUACGAUAGUUAGAACACGAAUCAAUCGAUCUGGAAAAAUUUCGAUUUUAAUAUAUUUAUAGAGAAUUUACCGUUUUGUUCAUGAGGAACGGCAAUUAAUCAACUAUAAAACGGUGACGCAGAUUUUAUCGGUUUGUACCAUACGGAAUGAUGCAUCUGCAAUUGAAUUUUCUAAUUGUUUUGCUCCAGCUGCUGAACU